CCUCCGGAGCGCAACGGGCGCGGGGCAGCAGCGGGCAGAGACGGUGGCGGCCGGGCCGGGCCGAGCCGAGCCAUGGCCCCGCAGCAGCCCAGCGCCGGGCAGUACCUGCGCUCCGACAGCGGCGGCUCGGCGGCCCGCAUGCUGGCGGCCGGCCUCGGCCCCAGCGGCCCGCGGCGGCGGCGCUGCGGCUCACUGUGGGGCAGCAUAGCCGUCAUGGCAAUCCUGGCCCUGCAGAUCGCGUCCACCACCGGGCUCUUCGUCUACUUCACCAUGGCCAUCUCUAAGCUCAAAGCCCAGUCACAGGGGAGCUCAGAGGAGCUGAGAUGUUUGCAGCUUAUCAACCAGCAGCAGGAGGGCUCAAACUUGGAGGAGCUGAUCAGCAACCAGUCCUGCCUCAAGUUGGCCAACACCAUCAAAGCCUAUGCGACAAUGGUGACAGAGAACGUUAUGCGCAGGAGCACAGUAAAGGAAGCCCAGCAGAGCUACUUCAACAUCUCAGAGGGGCAGGCUUCUUCCAAAGCACCUGGCAAGCCCUCAGCACAUCUAACUCUCCGCCCACAGAGCCUGGCCCAAGAUGGAAGCUCCAAGCGCUUCGGGAACCUCUCCCAGUCCUGCCGCCAUGCCAUCGCCCGUUGGGAAGACAGCACUAUCCACUCACACUUGCAGAACAUCACGUAUCGGGAUGGCCGGCUGCGGGUAAAUCAGGCAGGCAAGUACUACGUCUAUUCCCAGAUCUACUUCCGCUACCCCAGCGAUGGGGCCAGCACCCGCAUCUCUGUCCCUCAGCUUGUGCAGUGCAUCAACUGGAAGACCUCCUACAGCCAACCCAUCCUCCUGCUCAAAGGAGUUGGCACCAAGUGCUGGGCACCUGAGGCAAACUAUGGUCUUCAUGCUCUCUACCAGGGGGGACUGUUUGAGCUCAAAGCUGGCGAUGAGCUCUUCGUCUCUGUCUCCUCCCUGGCCAUUGACUACAAUGAUGCGGCAGCCAGCUAUUUUGGGGCUUUCCGGCUUGACCUGUGACAUCUUCUUCAUCCUCAUGUCCAUCCUCUUACCAAACCUGCUCUUUCCAUAGUGACUCUCCUGUAUGGCCCACAGACAGUCCUCACAGUCCUGUUGCCUUCACCUGUGUGGGAUGGCAGCCAAACAGCUGGAGUCCAACCCGUGGGGACGUGGUGCAGUUUAAAGCCCUCCACAUGUUGUCCCUUGUGGAGAGGGACAAAGCCAGAGGAGGGCCCAAUAUGUAGCUCCCCAUAAAGACCUGGUGUGUCAGUGCUAUACAAGAGAGGACAAGUCCCACAGCCACUGCAAGCCUGGCCCUUUGGAGAGUAAAGGAGAGGAAACUAAUGAGCCAGGAAGAGUCUGCUCUCUGAGGGCUAAAGAGGGACAUGCAUGAAGGAUUAUUUCACAUCCCUGCUAGCAUAUGACCUGCCCAGCUCCUCUCUGAGCAAAUGGAGCAGGGAACAUGAAACAGCUGUUGCACCAGCUCCAGCAGCAGCCUGCCCUGUCCAGGGAGCUGGUGGGCACACAAGGACUGCUAGAGUUUGGGUAAGGAUACAUAGGGAACACAGGCCUCUAGCAAGAGUCAUAUCACCAAGAUGCCUUGCAACAUGCACCCACCUGUCUCCCAUCCCCAUCAAGAUAAAGGCACAUAGGUCACAUCCACAACUGCAAUAGAAAUCCUCCCCACAGCAUGACAAUCCUCUGCAAGUCCAAACAUGCAAAUCGCACUGCUGGACAUGGCAAACCAGGUGUGAGCUGCCAAGGAGCACAGUGCGGAAGGUGUCAGGCCAGAAAUCAGGUUUAGCAGAGAGCAGCAGUGUGGUGCGCAUAGCCACAGGGCUGGUCUUCCUCCCUACUCUGCCUGCAGGUAUGCAGGAGAUCCAGCACUUGUGGGCAUCAGUAAUCAGGAAGAUACGAAGGAAUUUUAUUUCAGGCUAGUUAAAGCCUGGAGUAACACUAGCAAUCAGCUUCAGAGGGUCAAAGAGCAGAGCCACAAAGCUGGAUUCAUUACCAGCAGAAGUGGCCACACCUAAGCACAUGGCAGAGACACACAUUUUUCCUGAACAUGGACAUCCCCAGUGACCCUGCACCAGCAGAGGCCAGUGCAUAGUGCCUCUGUAUCAUCAUCUCCUUCCUGUCUCCAAGCAAACACAGAGGUGUCGCACCAUUGAGAGGGUGCAGUGCUGCUGCCCAGAGCCUUAGGGAAGCUGGUCAGAACAGGGAAAGCCAGGGCAAGCUGGAGACCUGUCAGGUUGAGGUGCUUUUGGGCUGGCCAUCAGCAGGCUGUCAAAAGCAGUAGCACCUGCAGAUCCCAAAUGCUUCUCAGCCCAUACAAAUCCCUGAAAGCGAGGAAAAGUCAGCAAACUGCCCUGAUCUUCUGUUCCCAGGGAGCAGUCAACCCUGCAGCAGCUUUAAUGGUGCCAUGUGCUGGAGUCGCAGCUGGGGAGGCUGCACAUGGGGAGGGGGUACUGCAGAUCCCUGGCACUGAGUUGACCCCAGGGUGCUGUGAGCAAGCUGGUCCAUCCUGCAAGGCAGAGGGCAGCUCAAAUACACAGGACCACAGAGCCAAGGAGCUUCACACCAGGCCUCGCCUUCACUCCUAUCUUCUGACCAAGCCUCAUUUUUCUCUGUGUUUUGUUUCUCCAAGCUGCCUGGGGCCAGCACCACCACUCUCUGGCUCUCACACUGUUAACUGUCAGGAUUUAAGCUCGGGCCAUGCAAGUCCCCAGGCAGCUGCAUUUUCCUUGCUGCUCUCUACCCCAAUGUUACUGCAGCAGUGACACCAGGGCCACACAAGCCCAAGCAGCGCCAGCGCAAGCCCCAGAAUAGAGAAGAGCAAACCCCUAUGGUCACACUGCAGGGACACCUCAGACACAUAAGGUGGGGUCGAGCGGGGCAGAACAUGAUUAAGUUGGAUGCUGGAGUGUAUACAGCCCCCUUUUGUAAUUACUUGCAUAUUCUCUGUAUCAUACUAAGACUGUUGAUGUGUACAGAUACGUGACGGCAGGCUCCCAGGAAUGACACAAGUAUCCCUCACACCAGCAGAGCUGUAGGGGAGCUCCGUGCUGGUUUAAAUAAACCCUGGACUCUAGCA